CACACGUCCUUCUGGUACAUGAUCACCAUCCGAGAGGAGCCCUGAGAGAGCAUCGCCGCAGCUGAGCACUAACAAAUUCAACACAGAUUCAACCACCCCCUCCUCUCCGCCAGGACAAUGACAGGCCUCCUUGUGUUCCUCGCUCUAACAACGUGGUGCGCUUCAGCUGUCCCCGUUGGCAGUGAGGUGGACUGUAGUAAGUACCCCUCGGGCACUGCUGAGGAUGGCCAAGUCCUGACCGCCUGUCCGUUUAUCCUGGCUGAGGUCUGCGGCGCAGACGGCAUCACGUACCCCAGCGAGUGUGCGCUGUGCGCUCACAACGCGGAGCAUCGGACCAGUGUGGGCAAAAAGCACGAUGGGAAAUGCAAGCAGGCAGAUGAGCCGUCUGACUGCAGUGGGUACAGAACGAUUACGGCGAAGGAUGGCACAGUCGUGAUGCCCUGCCCUCGGAUCCUGGAUGAGGUGUGUGGCUCCGACGGCGUCACUUACUCCAACGAAUGCAUGAUGUGCGCCCACAACCUCGAGCAUCAGGAAGCCGUUGUCAGAAAACACAAGGGGAAAUGUGAGCCGGAGAGCGUGUCGAUCGACUGUAGCCAGUUCCCCAGCUUUCAGACUAUAGAAGGCAAGGUCGUAAUGAACUGCCCGAGGAACCUGGCUGAGGUCUGCGGCACCGAUGGCGUCACGUACUGGAACGACUGCAUGCUGUGUGCCCAUAACCUACAACAGGGAGGAAGCAUUAAGAAAAAGCAUGAUGGGGACUGCAAACAGGAAAUUGUCCCGGUCAAUUGCAGCCAGUACUCCGGCAGGCUGAGCGCCGAAGGCAAAACCGCAGUAGGCUGCCCAAGGAUCCUGGCUGAGCUCUGUGGCUCCAACGGCAUCACUUACUCCAACGACUGCCAGCUGUGCGCCCACAACCUGAAACUUGGGACCAGUGUUUGGAAACUGCACGAUGGCCCGUGCAAAAAGCGAAUAGAGGUGAGGGAGUGUUCCUUGGUCCGCAGGACACCUUCUGAGGGCAAAGAACUGAUCGUCUGCCCCCGGAUCCUGCAAAAAGUGUGUGGCACAGAUGGGGUCACAUAUGCCAACGCAUGCGAGAUUUGUGCCCAUAACUUAGAGCAUGGGACCACUGUUUCCAGAGAGCACGAUGGAGCAUGCAAGCCGAAAGCGGUGCCGGUGGACUGUAGCAAGUACCGCCGGGUAACCACAAAGGAUGGCCAAGUCCUGACCGCCUGUCCGUUCAUCCUGGCUGAGGUCUGCGGCACAGACAGCGUCACGUACCCCAGCGAGUGUGGGCUGUGCGCGCACAAUGCCGAACAUGGGACCAGCGUGGCCAAACAGCACGAUGGGAAAUGCGAGCAGAAAGCUGACGAGGUUGACUGCAGUGACUACGUUGAGCCCAGCCCCUUGUGCACCAUGGAGUAUCAUGCCCACUGCGGCUCUGACGGCCAAACCUAUGGCAACAAAUGUCAGUUCUGCAACGCCGUCGUAGCUACACCUGCGGAGAUGCAUUCACACACCAGGCAACCACCCACCAUGAAUGGAACAGGUGCCCUUGUGCUCUUCGCUCUGGCUCUUGGCUGCCUCUCGGCUGUCCCCCUGGGCGGUGAGGCUGAUUGCAGCCAGUACCGCCUGCGCACUACCAAAGAUGGGAAAGUCCUGAUCGCCUGCCCCAGGCUCCUGGAGAAAGUCUGCGGCACGGACGGCGUCACUUACCCCAAUGAAUGCAUGCUGUGUGCCCACAACCUAGAUCGGAAGGCCAGCGUUGGCAAGCAGUACGCUGGCGAAUGUCGACGGGAAACGGCGCAGGUUGACUGCAGUGACUACAUGGAGCCCCGCCCCUUCUGCACCCUGGAGUAUCAGGCCCACUGCGGCUCUGAUGGCCAAACCUAUGGCAACAAAUGUCAGUUCUGCAACGCCGUCACGAAAAGCAAGGGGAUUCUCACCUUAAGCCAUCUGGGAAAAUGUUGAAUCCAUGUUGGUGCUGAGUCCCGAGAGAGCCCUUUUGUUCACUUCCCAUGGAUCGACCCUGAAUAUAACCGCGUCCUCAACUCACUCCAAGUACUGGAGCUCCUG